CCGGCAGCCAUUUUGUGCUGCGGCGAAGUAUUUAGAGCAGAGAGCGCUGGUUAGGCUUUUUCAGUGUGAACGCCGCAGCUGAACUGUUUGGAGUGUCCUGUCAUUCCUGCUUCCCCUCCUCCUUCCUGUAGUGUCCUGUGCACUCUCUCUCGCUCUUUUCCUCCCCCGAGGCCGCUGCUUUUAUUUUAUUUCUCCCGGACACCUCGUCAGCCGUCACCAUGUCUGCAGAGACCGGCAGCGCGCCCGAGUACUCCGCCUUCUUCGCUGUCAUGGGGGCUUCGUCUGCCAUGGUUUUUAGCGCCUUAGGAGCUGCCUAUGGGACAGCAAAAAGCGGUACAGGUAUUGCUGCAAUGUCUGUCAUGAGGCCCGAGUUGAUUAUGAAGUCUAUCAUUCCUGUUGUCAUGGCUGGUAUCAUUGCUAUCUAUGGGCUUGUAGUAGCAGUCCUUAUUGCAAACUCCCUGACACAAACUAUCACGCUAUACAAGAGCUUCCUUCAGUUGGGUGCAGGCCUCAGUGUAGGUCUGAGUGGUCUAGCUGCUGGCUUUGCCAUUGGUAUUGUGGGAGAUGCCGGAGUGCGGGGUACAGCACAGCAACCUCGACUAUUCGUGGGAAUGAUCCUGAUCCUCAUUUUCGCAGAAGUCUUGGGUCUGUACGGCCUUAUUGUGGCGCUUAUCCUGUCUACAAAAUGAAGAAUUCCACCUCUUCCCAGUUCGCCUGUUAUACAAAAGUCAACACUUGCAAAUAAUGGUUUUAUCUCAUGUGUACAGUCAUCCUACACCCGCUACCCCCAACUCAAUAUUUUCUCCCCCCACUUCACCUGCGCAGUUGUAAGUUAGUGACUGUUGUGUGUAAUCCUUUAGCUAUUCAUCAACUGGACUUCAGGGCAUUGCCAAGUCCUGGCAGCCGGGCUUGUGGGAGGGAAGCGGCCAUCACUUCCUCAACCCUCACCUGACUCCUCCUCCUUCCUCUGCGUGCAGUGGUUUUUUUGUUUUUUUAUUCCCAUUCCAUCCGAUUUGUUUCCGAACAAGUUUCAUGUAUAAAUAUGAUCCCAAUGUCAUUUCUCAUUUACACUUAAUGUUUUAUUUAUAUAAAAAUUCUUGUUCAUACUACAAAAAAAACCGAGCCAGCUUUUUCCUCCCUUCUGUAACCUAUCCCGGUCUCUUUGCUGCGUAUAUAUUUAAUCUUUAGCUGUAUCUGUGUGGGAUUUCCUUGUAAGUGCUGAGAAUUCCCUGGAUGUAAUAAUUUGGAUUAAGAUUGCUGUAUUGUUCUGAUAUUGGAGUGAGGUCUCUCUAUAGUUAUAUAUUUUUGUUUUUUUGUUUGUUUUAAUACAAAACAAUAAAUUCCAGUCUGUUAACUGGUGACCAGAACAAAAUUUUAAAAGCAAACCUGGAAAUGUAUGGGUAAAGUCUCACCUGCUGCUGGGGUUCAGUUACAGAUUUCCGAAUAAAACAUCUCCAAUCCA